CAUCUCGUACUUUCUUUAUUUGCCGGCCUCUUCCCUCUGCCGGCCGCCGCCGGCGACACGCUCCUCGCGAAGUCAAAUGCAUACGCGCGCUUAUAAAUUCCUCGUUGCCGUCUCCGGCAGCGUUCGUCGAUCGAAUUGGCAAGAUUUUGAGGCGAGAUGAGGCAGGCGAGGCCCUACUCGGCGAUGUUCGCCGGCGGGGUGUCGGCGCGGACGGGGCCGCACGCGCUGCCGCUGGCCCGCAUCAAGAAGAUCAUGAAGCGGUCGGCGGGGGAGAGCAGCGGCGUCGACGGCGGCGGCGCGAGGAUGAUCUCCGGGGAGGCGCCGGUGGUGUUCUCCAAGGCGUGCGAGCUGUUCAUCGCCGAGCUGACGCGCCGCGCCUGGGCCGCGACGCUCGAGGGCAAGCGCCGGACCGUGCACAAGGAGGACGUCGCCGCCGCCGUGCAGAACACAGACCUCUUCGACUUCCUCGUCGACGUCGUCAUGGCGGAUGACCACGAUGCCAUGGAUUAAUAAUCGAUGUAUCGGACCUAUUAUAAUCUCUGUGCCGAAUUUGAAUGCAACACAAAGCUACG